AUGUUGCACCUCGAGCGUCUACACGCUCAGUUGUGCCCCCGCUUGGCACGCCAAUGGUCCACUCAGACGUUCAUCACGACUCCUAUUUUCUACGUGAACGCUGCUCCCCACAUUGGCCACGUGCACUCGGCCGUGAUGGCCGACGCGCUCGCUCGUUGGCACCGCCUCAAGAAGUGCGACGUGCUGUUUACGACCGGCACGGACGAACACGGCCUGAAGAUCCAAGAGGCAGCAGAAAGGCGUGGCACGACGGAUUAUAAGGCCUUUUGUGACGACGUGUCGUCACGUUUUGUCGACGUGUUUCGCAAAGCGAACAUUCGCUACUCGCGUUUUAUCCGGACGAGCGAUGCGGACCAUAAAGCAGCUGUCGAGGUUUUUUGGCAAACGAUUCGGGAGAAUGGGUACAUCUACCGAGGGCACCAUGAGGCGUGGUACUGCAAGUCGGACGAGAGUUUCUUGACCGACAUGCAAGUCGAGGACAAGCUGGACGCUGAUGGCGAGACUUUGAUCACAGUAUCGAAAGAGAGUGGACACGCUGUCGAGCGACUGUGCGAAGAGAACUACAAAUUCAGACUCUCGGCUUUUCAGGAUCGACUCUUGCACUGGUUGGAGGAGAACCCAGAGGUGAUUGUACCUACGGCCAGGUACAAUGAAGUGCGAGCUGCUGUGCGAGGAGGUCUGCGGGACUUGUCCAUCUCGCGGUUGCGAGAGAAGAUCAAGUGGGCGAUUCAAGUUCCCGAUGACGACAAGCACAGUGUCUACGUGUGGCUGGAUGCAUUGACAAACUACCUGACGAGCGCUGGGUACCCUGGCAACGUUGAUCAGGCGUGGCCGGCAGAUUACCACAUCGUGGGCAAGGAUAUUCUCAAAUUUCACGCUAUUUAUUGGCCGGCAUUUCUCAUGGCCGCAGGGCUUCCGCUGCCGAAAAAAGUGGUGGCACACGCGCACUGGACGGUUGGGAACGUGAAAAUGUCGAAAAGUCUGGGCAACGUCGUAGACCCGCAUGACAUGCUGUCGAAAUAUGGAUCCGAUUUCGUCCGGUUCUUUCUCUUGCGCGAAGGAGUGCUCACAAGCGACGGUGACUUUAACGCUGCAGCUCUGGUGGACCGCGUGAAUAGCGAGCUGGCCGACACGCUCGGCAAUUUGGUCUCGCGCAGCACUGGCAGUGUAGUGCUGGAAAAGGGUAUAGUGCCAAAGCGUCCUCAGCUCGACCACCUGACAGCCGAGGAUAAAGAGCUCGUGGCAAAGGGACAGGCUCUUACUAGCAAGGUCGAGAAGUAUUUCGACGCACCUGAUUUUGCUCGUGCUUUAGAAGAAAUCGUGCUUUUCCUGCACGACGUCAAUCGGUAUUUCACCAUCAUGAAACCUUGGGUCCUGUCAAAAGCCGUGCGAAACUCUGAGGACGUGACGGCUGCAGAGUACAAAGCGGCGAAAGAACGCCUGGACACUGUGCUGUAUCUUGCGAUCGAUGCAACGCGUAUGUGUGCAAUUUUGCUACAGCCGGUCGUGCCAAUGGCGACGCAAAGGAUCCUAGACUACCUCGCAGUGCCGGAAGACAAGCGCUCGUUGGCAGAAGCAACGCUUCUCAGUCAUGACGACCGAGUAAUGGGUGACGCACUUGACAAUGCCAGGGCAUUUGUAGCGUUCCCCAAGAUCGACAAGGAGCGAGAAACAUCGUAA